GGGGUUGGCUGAUGUGGGGGCAUCCCGCCCCUUGGCAGGCCCCUACAACCAAUGGGACAGCUUUUGAAGAGGCCCGAGCCGCCUCCUGAGCUUCAAAAACGUGUGAGGAGGGAAGAGGGUGCAGACGGAGCCUCAGCUGCUGCCACCACUACCACCACUGCUGCCCAUCACCCACCAGCAUGUCCUCUGCUCACUUCAACCGAGGCCCAGCCUACGGGCUAUCAGCAGAGGUCAAGAACAAGCUGGCCCAGAAGUAUGACCACAAUCGGGAGCAGGAGCUUCGAGAGUGGAUUGAGGGGGUCACAGGGCGUCGCAUUGGCAACAACUUCAUGGAUGGCCUCAAAGAUGGCAUCAUUCUUUGCGAGUUUAUCAAUAAGCUCCAGCCAGGCUCUGUGAAGAAAGUCAAUGAGUCGACCCAAAAUUGGCACCAGCUGGAGAAUAUUGGCAACUUCAUCAAGGCGAUCACUAAGUAUGGGGUGAAGCCCCAUGACAUCUUUGAGGCCAAUGACCUGUUUGAGAACACCAACCACACACAGGUUCAAUCUACCCUCCUGGCCCUGGCCAGCAUGGCCAAGACAAAAGGGAACAAGGUGAACGUGGGGGUAAAGUACGCAGAGAAGCAGGAGAGAAAAUUUGAGCCAGAGAAGCUAAGGGAAGGACGGAACAUCAUCGGGCUGCAGAUGGGCACCAAUAAGUUUGCCAGCCAGCAGGGCAUGACAGCCUACGGCACCCGGCGCCACCUCUACGACCCCAAGCUGGGCACAGACCAGCCCCUGGACCAAGCCACUAUCAGCCUGCAGAUGGGCACCAACAAGGGGGCCAGUCAGGCUGGUAUGACUGCACCAGGGACCAAGCGGCAGAUCUUCGAGCCAGGGUUGGGCAUGGAGCACUGUGAUACUCUCAAUGUCAGCCUGCAGAUGGGCAGUAACAAAGGGGCCUCACAGCGGGGCAUGACGGUGUAUGGGCUGCCACGUCAGGUGUAUGAUCCUAAAUACUGCCUGACACCUGAGUACCCAGAGUUAGGGGAGCCCACCCAGAAUCAUCACCCACACAACUACUACAACUCUGCAUAGGGCCCUGGGCCUCCCUGCCUUCCCCCAGGGAGGCUGGCUGCUGCUCUCGGCAGGGCCUAGCUUGGCCGGCCGGCCCCUCCCCCUGCAUGGCGUCCUCCAGCCCCCUGGCACCUGCCUACAGGGUUAGCGUUUGUGGGGAGCAGACUGAGGGCCCCGUGGGGGGAAAAGGACCCUCCUCUCUGUAGCACUGGGUCCAGUAUCUAGCCAGGUGUUCCCAAUAGCACCCAAAGGUCACAAUGAGCAAAGCUACUCUGGCUGUCCCCUCCCAACUCCCUCACAGAUGGGUCCCCCAGGACAAGAAGCCCCGCAAGCAAAACCCUCAGAGCCUGGAUCUGCCUGCCCCUACCCCAUUCCCACAGUGGGAACAAACUGCAUGCCCAGAGACCCAGCGGACACACGCGGUUUGGUUUGCAGCGACUGGUAUAAGUGGAUGUGACAGUGGCAUUUGUGACUGGAGCACUUUUCUUUUUCUAUUUCACUGGAGCACAAUAAAAGGCUAUAAAAUC